GAUUUAAAAAUAGUAUUAUAAUUACGAAACAAAAAUAACUUUUUUUGUGACAAUUUUUUUUAAUUAAUUUUUUAAAAAUUUAUAAACUAAUUGCCGAUUAAGCGACCAUCAAAUACAUGGCCACUACUACGGAGACCACUACAGCUGUGACAAAAAGUGACGAAACAAUACCGACAACAGACAAAUCCCUACCGAAAGUUAGGCCCGAAAACGAGUAUCAGCGGCGAUGUCUGGCCAUUGUCGAGUCAAUGCUGGCCACCGAUGAUGAUGUCCAAAAAUCGGCCACUAUUGAUGAGUCACGUUUGCUGAACGGGUGCCGUUACAUUACACGCGGCCACUAUGACGACAUUUGUACUGAGAGGUCACUGUGCGAUCAGUGCGGUUAUCCGAUGUGCCGUAACAGUCUCUCGACUAUUCGGGCGGCCACUGGUCGCCAACGAAAGUCACGAUUUGGUGCUAAACAAGUGUACAAAAUUGAUACAAACAAGAAUAAGGUUUACAGAAAAGAAGAAUUGGAAAAGUUUUGCAGUCCGUCGUGUCUGGCGGUCAGCAAUUACUUGCGCCAACAGAUCAGCGAAGAAGCAGUGUAUUUGCGGACAACAGACACUGUGACAGCUCUUGGAAACAUUCAUUUGUACGGCAAAAAACCAGAUGAUAGCGACGACAAAGAAAAUGCAGUCGACAUUAGUUGCCAAUCGGAGAUAACAUCGGAAGAAUUGGACCAUAAAAAAGAUGUCAAUAGAAGUACAAUGAAAACAAUGGAUGCGUUGUCCUAUCCCUAUGUCAAAGACGAGUGUUUACAACAGUUAAAGGAUCAGAUGAUCGGUUUGACAAUUAGUGAACGUAUGAUUAAUCGUCACAAUGAUGAUGACCACAACAACACAAGUGUCGACAGUAGUGAUUGUAACGAUGAUAAUAACGAUUAAAGAUCUCUAAAGUUUUGAUUAUCAGUGAUUAAACCAUUGAUGAUGAUUAUAGUGCAUAUGUUUUAUGUUGUUUGUUAGCAAUAUUGA